AUAUGCAGGGGGACGAAGCACUUUCCAGGAAGAAGCCUAAAGCCUAAAUAAUUGGAGUGGCGGUGCAGCACUGUACUCGUCCUAGCGGUUACGGCCUGCUUCAGCAUCCCUUCUUAAUUUUUAUAUUUAUUUUAUGUUUCUACUUUCCAGUGGCCUGCAAGUUCCAUGGAAACUAAAGUUAUUUCCAGCGGAAUCAAGUAUACGAGCCUCCCCGAAAGCUACGUCCGUCCAGAAUCCGAAAGGCCAAGACUCUCUGAAGUUUCCGAUUGCCAAAAUGUCCCCGUAGUUGACCUAGGCUUCGGGGAUAGGAACCUCAUGGUCCGACAAAUUGGCGAUGCGUGUCGGGACUAUGGUUUUUUCCAGGUAAUAAAUCACGGGGUUUCCAAGGAUGCGGUGGACAAAAUGCUUGAGACGGCGACGGAAUUCUUUAGCCUCCCGGUUGAAGAGAAGCUCAAGUUGUACUCCGACGAUCCAGCCAAAACCACGAGGCUUUCAACAAGCUUUAAUGUGAAAAAGGAGACCGUUCACAAUUGGAGAGACUAUCUCCGGCUUCACUGCUAUCCUUUAGAAAAAUAUGUUCCCGAAUGGCCUUCCAACCCGCCAUCUUUCAAGGAAAUGGUGAGUAAUUACUGCGCACAAGUACGGGAACUUGGGUUGAGAUUGGAGGAAGCCAUCGCAGAGAGCCUAGGCCUGGACAAGGAAUGCAUCAAGAAGGUGUUGGGUGAUCAAGGACAGCACAUGGCCGUCAACUAUUAUCCUCCGUGUCCACAACCCGAUUUGACUUAUGGCUUGCCCGGACACACUGAUCCUAAUGCCCUCACUAUUCUGCUUCAAGAUUUGAACGUCGCUGGUCUUCAAGUCCUUAGAGAUGGCAGAUGGUUAGCCGUGAAACCCCAUCCCGAUGCCUUUGUCGUCAACAUCGGCGAUCAGUUACAGGCUCUAAGCAAUGGGAUUUACAAGAGUGUAUGGCAUCGAGCUGUCGUCAAUGCUGAUCAACCAAGACUUUCAGUGGCUUCCUUCCUCUGUCCCUGUGACCAUGCCGUAAUCAGCGCCCCGAAGCCGCUCACAGCAGAUGGUUCCCCAGUCGUAUACAGGGAUUUCACCUAUGCCCAGUACUACAAGAAGUUCUGGAGCAGGAACCUGGACCAGGAACACUGUUUGGAACUUUUCAAGAACUAAUGGGAAUCCCCGGGCAUUCCGUCGAGUUUUUGCUUCCUUCAGGUCCCCCAACUUUUUUCCCUUCCAUUAUUCGGCUGCUUCCAACUAGUUUCUGGUAUUUGUACUCUUGUGAAUAACGGAUGGGAUACCAAUGUAGCACUUGUCCUUUCAUUGUCAUGAUGACCUUCACCAUUUGUUCUGCUUCUGUCCAGUUAUUUAUUUUUGUUUGUGCGUUGUGGGAGGGGUUCAACCGUGCGUGUUACCUCCAGGCCGGAGCAAGAAGGAUUUUAUCCAUGGGUGCGGCUUCAAGAGUUGUUGACUUCAAUCGGGGCGAAUGCUUAGAUGACAUGACCGAGCCACAAUAAACGGGAUUCAGAAUUUAUAUCUUUCUUUAUUUUUUUUCAUUUUUUAUUGGUGAAAUAAGUGGAGAAAUCUUUACAUGUGUCUGUGCUUGAGACUUGUAAGGAUUACGCAAAAACUUCUCGUUCCCUGCCCUCGUUGGUUCUGCACUUGGUCAAUGAGUACAGGAUGAUUGUGUUAUGUGUUUGUAAAUUAAUGAUCCUUCUUUGGUCCAUUUAAUUUUCGCCAGAUAAUUAAUUGCUGCCAGGCUUACCUC